AUGCUUCGUAGCAUUCGUCUGUGCAGACCCAUUACCCAACGUCGAACAAUCAUUGGAUUUGUUAGAAAUGCAUUGGGUUUAGAUCCACCACCUUCUCCAGAUGAUCCAACGCCCGAAAAUAGAUUUCAUCUCUGGGACCAAUCUCCUGCAGGAGAUUUGAGAGAGCGUGCCGCUAGGAUAAGAGCAUUGGCACAGUGUCCAGUUACCGGUAAAGAAAUCAAUUACACAUGCCCGUUAUCAGGAAUUCCAACACAUCAUUCGAAGGAAGCAUGGGAACAAGACAAAAAAUAUCAUGAAUCUAAAAAAUGGGAGUUAUUGAAGAAAGUUAACAUAUAUGAACACGAUCUUCGCAGUGGUAGACCUUUCCCUGAAUUUGACUUCCCACAAGACUUAGAAUUUGAUAGAACUGUCAAUAUGACUAAUUGGGACCUUUUCUUUUAUACACGACAAUUUUAUUCAAUGGAUACAGAAUUUCAAUUAGCUGCAGUUACUAAGAUGUUGAGUUAUCCAAUUACCAUUGCCUCUGUCUUGAACCAAUUUUCACCAUAUUCUUUAAAUCCUAAGGGGCCAAUAACGCUGGAGGGUUUAAAGUCCCUAGCGGCACUACGUUACACGUUAUACCCCUUUGAAAAUAAGACAGUGGCUGCAACUAAGGAUCGCCCAAUGAGACUCUUUAUUCUGGGUGCAAGAGCUGAAGCUUUACUACCAGGUCACGUUUGGAAACAGCUACAAUUUUUAUUCCCAGAGACAGCUUUCGAAUUACAUUUUAUCGGACCCGAAUGUCUUGUCAACAAGGAGAAGCAUCAGUACGUGUCAAGUCCUGCGCCCGUCGUAAAACGUAUUGAUGAAACAUUAUCAUUUGUCUAUCACACGGAUUACUUUCAUGUUUACCACGAUGCACAAGAUUUUUUCCCCUACGAUCCAUAUUUAGAUGCCUUCUUCUGCUUCCAUCCAGGUUUUGGAGCUCCAGAGUCAACUAAGUUAUGGUUGGAAAAGACCAUCCCAGGCUUAUUGGAGACUAAAUGUGCUAUUUUUGCUACGGGAGUAAACAAGUCUGCAUUAUUACGUGAUAUAAAUGCAGUUAUGGAUAAACAUAGUAAGGAAAUUGAUAUAUUAAUGGAACCAACAAAGAACAUCUAUGGAUCAACUAAAUGGGAACUUAACGAUGUAAACCCCCAAGAAGUUUACCAAUUCAACAUGUACAUAGCUGGAUUCCGUGGUAAGAGGUAUCAUGCUAUUGAAAUUUAG